UCUAAGUCCCAUAGCUCCCGCUAGAGCCUACCGCACAGGCUCAGAGACCGUAUGCUAGGAGGGGGUGACUACGUUGUAUCUAUUGUAUGUGGUUUUUCCCCCCCCCGGCAUUUUGUACGUUUCACUGUAGAUUUAAAUCGGGAGUGAAAAGCAUGGCAGAUGAGCAAGAGAUCAUGUGCAAACUCGAGAGCAUCAAGGAGAUCAGAUUGGCAAAAAAUUAAAAUAAAAAGAACCGGAAUGCAGGAUGUAUGCAGAAACAUUUACAAAUAUGUGAAAGAAAUAAGACUUUGCAGAUGGAAAAAAUAAAGGCACGUCUAAAAGCAGAGUUUGAAGCCCUGGAGUCUGAGGAGAGGCACCUGAAAGAAUACAAACAAGAAAUGGACCUGCUGCUGCAAGAGAAGAUGGCACAUGUGGAGGAGCUGCGUCUGAUCCAUGCUGAUAUUAAUGUGAUGGAGAAUACUAUCAAGCAGUCUGAGAAUGAUCUCAAUAAACUCUUGGAAUCUACUCGUCGCCUGCAUGAGGAGUACAAACCCCUGAAGGAGCACGUAGAUGCUCUGCGAAUGACACUGGGCUUGCAGAGGCUGCCAGACUUGUGUGAGGAAGAAGAGAAACUGUCCCUUGACUACUUUGAAAAGCAGAAAGCUGAAUGGCAGACAGAACCACAGGAGCCUCCCAUCCCAGAGUCUCUGGCUGCAGCUGCAGCAGCUGCCCAACAGCUGCAAGUGGCUAGGAAGCAAGAUACCAGACAGACAGCAACGUUCAGACAACAGCCACCUCCAAUGAAGGCCUGUUUAUCCUGUCACCAGCAAAUUCAUCGGAAUGCACCAAUAUGUCCACUCUGCAAAGCAAAAAGCCGAUCUCGGAAUCCCAAAAAGCCCAAAAGGAAACAGGAUGAAUGAAACUCAGAAAACUGCUGAACAAAGUGUGACCUUUUCCAAUACCAUUCCAGUAGAACUGUAAUGUGGCCAGACUUUACUGAAGUACAGACACAAGUAUGACCGACUCAUUGUUUUCUAUCAAUGCAGUGUAAGCACAAUGUUUCUGUUCUGUUUUGAUUUUGUUCUGGUCCUUAGGAUGUUUUAGGAAAAUAAGUAUUAAUGGUGCUACAGUUUAAUGUUUCAAUCAUUCCAUUUUUUGGAUUCCUAAGCAAUAUAGAAUUCUUAUGUGAGUAUCCUAGACAUCAGGCUAUGAUUAUUGGCCAAAUGCAAUUACCACAGAUACUUUUAUGUCCUGUUUUUCAUAGAAUCAUAGAAUGGCUUGGAUUGGAAGGCACUUCAAGGAUCAUGGAGCUCUAACCCCCCCGUCACAUGCAGGGCCACCAACCUCCAAAUUUAGCACUAGUCAGGCUUCCCAGGGCCCCAUCCAACCUGGCCUUGAGCACCGCCAGGGAUGGGGCAUCCACAACCUCUCCAGGCAGCCUGUUCCAGCACCUCACCACUCUCAUAGGAAGGAACUUUCCCUUGACAUCUGACCUAAAUCUUCCCUCCAUGAACUUGAAACCAUUUCCCUUUGUCCUGCUAUUAUCUACCCUUUCAAAGAAUUGACUUUUAAAAGUAGAUGUUAGCAAAAGAUGAUUCAGUUUUCUCCUGACCAUUUGAAAUGGUCUCCUGUUGGUUUGUUUUACUAAAGAACAAAUUGUUUUCCAAGCUAGUAAGAUUGCAUAGCCUUAGGUAUCAAAUACUGUAGUUUUUUUCUUUUCUUUUUUGAUACAGAGGAAAAAAUGUUUAUACAAGAAAUCAGUGCAUUAAGGAGUAUACAAAUAAUGAAUAUACUGAUGUUAUGGUAUAACAGAAAGCUUGGCUAUGAUGUUAUUAACCAAAGCAGGAAACAGAAAUGAUAGGUAGACUCACCCAUAACCUGGGCUCACAAGGGAAACUCCAGUAGAGUGGAUCUCCUGAAGAGAUCCUUCCCCCCUGGCAGUCAGCUCUUAAAUGGGUCUAGGAGAGAUGGAGCCAGGCUCCACCCCUUCCUGCAGCACAGGUGAAUUGUCUUCACCUGUGCUCCCAUGGCUGACUCAUUGCUUGCCUCAGAUAAUUAAUCAGAGGUUCAGGCCGUGAUUCAGCAGCCCCAUACAAGGAUGCAAGUGAAUUUUGGUUUACUGAGUGUGACUGUACUUUCAAUCAAAUUUGACUUAAAGUUUGGAAAAGGGAUCCAGUUAUAGGCUGUGUAUGAAUUACUAAAAAUGACAAGAUGUUAAAGCAUCGCACAUGAUAUCGUGGUAUUACUUUUAGCAGUCAGAAAACUGUCUGAAACGGAUACACUAGUGGUCCUUCUAGGAUCUAAGGUAAAUCCAAUGUGUCCACAGACUGCAACAGUAACUGUUCUGCACAGCUCCUCUUUCUGGAUUAUACAGCAAAAAUCCCCUUUGGCAGACAUAUCCUUGACUGGAUUGCAGGGAAGUUCAAUAACAUGUACCGGGAACAGUGUCAACUUAAAAAUCAUGCACUUCAUCAGGACUGUUGUGUUUUUGUGGUUUUUUUUUUUCCCUAACGAAACCUUCAUAUUGUUAUAUCUUUUAAUAAGCCAUUUUGAAAUUAUUUUAUUUCAGUCCAUGUUUUCUACUUUGUCUGCAUGUGUAUCAGAAGAAUCCUGACUGCAGGAUCCUGCUGACCCCUCCCUGUAUCUGUUUCAUCUCAUGUAACUGUUUCUCCCACAGGGAGCAUGGUAAUGACCCAACUAUGCAGCUGGGACUUCUGACUUACCUUUUUGUAAUUCUAGUUUUGUCACCAACAUGGUUGAUCUUUGGUACUGUGUAUUAUUUUCACUAACUUCAGGAGACUUUUUAUUUUUAUUUUUUUUUUAGCCCAAGUUUUCUUCUACUACUAUAUUAGUAUGGUGAUAUUGGGAAAUUUGCUUGUUAAAGAAGAACAGUGAAGCCCUGUAGUCACUGGUCAAAACUGUGCCAUAUGGUAGGGACUGUGUAAAUUCACACGAAGUGAUUUUGCUGGCCAAGUCUCAUAUAUUGCCAUUAAUUUUGAAUCUCUGCCAUAAAGUAUACAAGUAUUUUACUGAAUAUAGUCCUAUAAUUUAUGCCAAGUUCAGUCAAUUCUCUCCCAUUUUAAUGUUUCAUAACCAAAUAAACAUCUGUAAGCAGGGCAGACAGAAUGUGGACUAUAUGCCACUGAAAAGAUGUAAAGAAUGAAUUCUGUAAGCUCUAUUACCCAGAGUUGUUCUCUGGGAGUUAGUGAUAAUGGAGGAUGGCAUGACCUCAUGCUUUCUUUACCACGUGGCAGUAGUGCCCCAACUCUCUAUCUUCAUGCAUAUUUCCUAACAUAAAUUGUGUUCUGGUUUUAAAUGUCAGAGACUGUAUGCUGUGUACCCUGCUCAGAGCAAUUCCUGCUGAGUUUAAAGGAAGAUAUACCCAGGGUUAAAGACUAGCAUAUGGACUCCUUCAAUCUGCAUGCAUUAAAGCAGCAUACUUUUUGUGAUAGAUAUUGUUGAAGUUAAGAACUAGUGACAUUGGAAAAUGAGUGAAUGGCUUGCAAUGAAGUAGUGUGUAUAGAAGUGUAGACUUUUAGAACUGAUUUACAGUCCUGAAAUAGAUGGGGGUUAGUCCUAGCUGUUCUUAUUUCACUAUUGCUAUGCCAGGUUCUUUAUUUCUUGGGGAUCUCUAGAGUUCUAGACUGAAGCAUGGUUAAGGAUGCACCAUUUCCUUAUUUUGUAUGACAGUUUUGUAUUAUUGCUUUUGUUUUAAACUAGCCUCUUGUGCCCUUGUGUUCGACAAGGUUUUGUUAUUUUAAAAAAGAAAAAUGUGUAUGACAUACUGUAUUUCUAUUAAUCACAUAUUACUGUUUACAAAUCUGUUUGCACAUCUUUCUGAAGCUCAGUCAUAUGAGUAGUGAGUUUUUGUUGAGAAAGUCAAACUCUUACAAUGAGACAAAAAUCCAUAUUAUAUAUUAAAGAGUUUUGGGGGCAGAGGGUUGGAGAGAAGCAUUAUCUUUCUUAGGGAACUAGUAAUCUGCCAUCUGAGAGGCAGUUCUAAUUAAGGAAAACUGAAGAGCUCUUCUGUUGACAGCCUUCCUCCCAGGAGUCUUUCUUGAGAGACUUCAGAGACAAUUAUGAAAUACUGAUUCCUUGAUCUGUCAGAGAAGGCAGCUAUCUGAAGAACAGUUUUUUGUUACAGAACUAUGAUAUUUCUGCUUUCUGAAGCAAACAUGGCCUCUUCAUUUGUACCUAAAAUUCUUUCAGGAUGUUUCUUCACUUCACUUAGAUUCAUUCUUAUUCAGGUUAAAUUAACUUAAUAGAUGCAAAGAAACCCUUGCCGCAUAUGCUGAGGGGCUGUUUAAGCCUUGAAGCCCUAAGAAGACUUUUAUAUUUCUAACCCAUGGUUUGACCCCGGUCGUUCCCUUUUCCAUGUAUAUGUACACAGGAUUUGUUGUGGUUGGUUCCUGGGGUCCUUCCUCACUUUUUUUAAUCUGCCUUGAAUGGUAUAGUCCUGUUCUUCUGCAGCCAAAUGGCAGGGAGUUCACAAGCAUCUUCCUAUUCCUGCCACCCAAUUUAAGCUCAUAUUAAAAGGGUGAAAGCAUUUUACUGUGUAAGAUGGCUUUAUUAUAAAAAAUAUAGAUAGCGAAGCUGGGGUUGGUCAAUUACUAAAACUUUACUGCUAAGGACUCCAUGAUGUAUAAAGAAAAUGUAAGUCGAGUUCUAAUAAUUGCACUUCAUGAAUUUAGCUUUGGCUUUCUAAACAGUGCACGUGGCUUCAAGUUACAUGACCUACUUUUGAAAAAAUAGCCAUUGGUGUGCUAUUUUAAGUACCAGCCUAUUUAAGAAGUCAGGACUGUACUAGCAGUUUAAAUAAAUGAAAGUGCUUUCCCUUAUUUUGCAGUUUGCUAUGUCCCUUGAACUAGUUUUUCAUUUUAUCUUUUAGGCAUUUUAGCAAUACCUGGAGUGUUUCAAUGGUUUCUGAUGUUUCUGUGUUAAUAUAUUUUGUUCCUCUGACCGGGAUUGACCUGUUAACUUCUCUGUACAAUGCUUUUUAAUAAAAUUCUGUUUCAUGUCA